AUGCAACCGGGGCUCCUCACUACCAGCACAUACCAUACCACAGCUCCCCCGCUCCAAGCACAAGACCGCCCAUCCACAGCAUCACGACGACGAGUAUCUCUCCCAAAGCGACAUGUAUCAUUCAAGACAUCCGGCCUGACAACUCCUACAACCCGCUCCAACUCUUCAAUCAGCAGCUCCCCUUCCGCCGAAGCAUCCGCAGGCACAACUAGCUCACAACCCCAGCAAGACCUUCUUGACUGGAACACUUUCUUCAAGCUCCGCAAGACGCGCCGCUGGUACCAGCUCGGCUCAUCCAUAGGCACCUCGCUCAAUGGCUUUAUACUCGGCGCAGAGGUCCUCACACGGACGGAUAUGGAGAAGGUUGUUUCGCAGAUACCUCUCGAUCCGUUCAUCACCUUAGGCAUGAUAACAUUUGCGUGUGGAGGAAUGGGAUGGCUGGCUGGCCCAAUUUUGGGCACAGCUGUGUUCAACUGGCGAAACCGCAAGUUUAGGACGCAGAUGGAUCUGAAAGAGAAGGAAUUUUAUAGGAGGAUCAAGGAAUACAGAGUUGAUCCCAGUGCUAGCUCCAUGGCGAACCCAGUACCUGACUACUAUGGCGAGAAGAUUUCGAGUGUGGCGGGCUACCGGCGAUGGUUGAAGGACCAGAGGGCCUUCAAUAAAAAGCGACAAACGUAUGUAAAAUAG